AUGUUUGCAAAUAUUACAAAUCGUGAUUCCAAAACACCCUUGUCAUGUUAUAAUGAAUCCAUUGAAGACAUGCCUAUUCCACAUAUAUAUGUUAUUUCUAUUGUUGGAAAUAAACCUGGAGAAUUCUUCCCUCAGAAAUUUUAUGGUAUGUUUAGAUCGUUGACAUUGAGCAAUUCAUCAUAUCAGCAAGAAAGUUUUCAAUCAUCGUACAGGCAGCUCUUGGCUUUCAAGUUGAUGACGAGUGACAAGUUCAACUUUCCCUCACAUCCCAACGACUACAUAUGUGAUGAGUAUCACGUUCUUGUUAUUGAAAAGUGCACAACACUUACCUUGAGAUUUCCAGGUAGCUUGGAGGCCAGUGCCGUGGUAAAUUCAGCAAUUCCCUGCUUUAUUUUAGCUAGACGAAUGAAAAUUAAAACCAACGAUUUUAAUAAAAUGAACUUGAUGAAUGUGGUGCAAAUUCAAUGGAUGCUAAUUAGUUAUAUGAAUUUAAUCAAGAUGGAAAGGGCUUGCAUGCAAGGAGCACCUGAUCAAGACUUGGUCCCUAUAGAUCCAGAGAUUGAACACACAUUCUGUCACAGGCAAAGGGAAGCAAGAGUGAUCGAGUCAGAGUCAUUUGAAGAGGCAUGGAACCGUUUCAAGAACAUGUUAAAGAAGUGCCUGCAACACGGCUUUGACAAGAAGACCCAGAUCAGAUUUUUCUACACUGGAUUACUCCCAGCAUUUAAGAGUAUGGUGGAUGCAUCAUCUGACGGGUCUAUCUCUACAAGAACAAUUGACGAAGCCUGGGAGUUGUUUGAAAGGAUGGCUACAACUUCAGCUAUCAACCAGAAUCAAAAUAGACUACAAGGGCAAUAUCAGCAGCAAGACAAAAAGCCAAAUUUGGAGGAUAUGUUCGAGAAAUUUAUUGCACACACCAAUCAGUACAUGGAAGCCAAUAACCAAUUUAUGCGAAGGAUGGAAACAACACUUCAAGAUCAAAGUGCAGCGAUCAAGAACUUGGAGACACAAGUGGGACAGAUAGCAAUUUCCAUGACGGGUAGAGCACCGGGAAACCUACCCAGCAAUACUGAAAUUAACCCUAAGGAACAUGCAAAGGCUAUAACAACCAGAAGUGGAGUACAACUGCCGGAACCACAUGUAACAAGCUCGGGAGCCAACAAGGAAUCAACGCCAACCUUGGAGGAAGAAAUUGUGGAGCAAACUGACAAUGCAACAGGAGAUGAGGUUAAGAGGAAUUCCAAGACAUCACAGGGUAAAAAUACUAAUCCUGUUAACCCUCAUGAACCUCCUAUUCCGUUUCCACAAAGGUUGAGAAAGCACAAAAUGGAUCAGCAAUAUAGUAAGUUCCUUGAAACAUGUGCUCGGUUUUUGGAGAGUAACCAGCCAUAUAUGCGCAGACGCUACUAUGAAGAGCUGGGAACUAGAACUGCAAAAUCAGUGCCAUCUAUUGUGAAACCACCAAAAUUGGAACUCAAACAACUGUCACCACAUCUUCGAUAUGCGUACCUGGGGGAAUAUUCUACACUACCUGUUAUUAUUUCAAGCACUGUCAGUGAGGUAGAGGAAGAGAAACUACUUCGGGUGUUAAGGGAGAAUAAAACAGCUAUUGGAUGGUCGAUUGCAGAUAUAAAGGGGAUCAGCCCAUCUAUAUGCAUGCAUAAGAUACUCAUGGAGGAAAAAUUUAAACCAAGCAUUGAUGGGCAGCGGAGAUUGAAUCCACACAUGAAGGAAGUGGUUAGAGCUGAGGUAUUGAAGUUGCUCAAUGCAGGCAUUAUUUAUCCAAUAUCAGAUAGUGCAUGGAUCAGUGCAGUGCAAGUUGUUCCCAAGAAGGGAGGAAUCACAGUGAUAGAAAAUGAGAGAAAUGAGUUGAUUCCUACACGGACAGUGACUGGAUGGAGAGUGUGCAUUGACUACCGUAAGCUUAACUCAGCUACUCGAAAGGAUCACUUUCCAUUACCGUUCUUUGAUCAAAUGUUGGAAAGAUUAGCAGGGCAUUCGUACUACUAUUUCCUAGAUGGGUACUCCAGGUAUAAUCAGAUUCCAGUGGCACCAGACGAUCAGGAGAAGACCACUUUCACUUGCCCCUAUGGCACAUUUGCAUACAGAAGGAUGCCAUUUGGAUUAUGCAACGCUCCCGCUACCUUUCAGCGCUGCAUGAUGGCUAUUUUCUCAGACAUGAUUGAGAAAUUCAUCGAGGUAUUCAUGGAUGACUUCUCUGUGUUUGGAUCUUCAUUUGAUGAGUGCCUGGAGCAUCUAAGUCUUGUGCUACAACGGUGUACAGAGACCAACUUGGUGUUGAAUUGGGAGAAAUGUCACUUUAUGGUGCAAGAAGGCAUCGUACUAGGGCACAAAAUUUCAGCAAAGGGUAUUGAAGUGGACAGGGCAAAGAUUCAGGUGAUUGAGAAUCUACCACCACCUACCUCAGUGAAGGGUGUUCGCAGUUUUCUUGGGCACGCUGGAUUCUAUAGAAGGUUUAUCAAGGAUUUUUCAAAAAUUACCAAACCUCUGUGCUGUUUACUGAUGAAGGAGUCCACAUUUGAGUUUAAUGAUGAGUGUCUGCAGGCCUUUAACACUUUGAAAGAGAAGUUGACUUCAGCACCUGUAAUUAUCACACCGGAUUGGAAUCUGCCAUUUGAAUUAAUGUGUGACGCCAGUGAUUAUGCUGUGGGAGCCGUGUUGGGUCAACGAAGGAAUAAGGUAUUUCACGUGAUCUACUAUGCAAGUAAGACUUUGAACGAUGCUCAGUUAAAUUAUGCCACUACGGAGAAAGAGCUUCUUGCUGUAGUCUAUGCGUUUGACAAAUUUCGAUCAUACCUUGUGGGGUCGAAGGUCAUAGUGUACACAGAUCAUGCCGCCAUCAGAUACUUGAUGGAGAAGAAGAAUGCUAAGCCACGCCUCAUCCGUUGGAUAUUGCUACUUCAAGAGUUUGACCUGGAAAUCAAGGAUAAGAAAGGCAGUGAAAACGUGGUAGCGGACCACCUAUCUCGGCUUGAGGACACAGAACAGGAAGAGACAGUGGAAAUAAACGAGAUCUUCCCAGAUGAGCAGAUCUUUGGUGUGAUGGAAACACCCUGGUAUGCAGAUAUAGUUUACUAUUUAGCCAGGUCUAUCAUACCGCCAGGGCAUUUUGGUGCUUCUAAGAUAGCGGCGAAAAUUCUCCAAUCAGGUUUUUACGGGCCCACACUCUUUAAGGACGCGUUUGAAUUUGUAAAGAGGUGUGACCGAUGUUAG